GGAUACUCGAGCUUCAUGUUCGACCUCAUCUUUAAGACUAGGUUGUCACCUGUGUAAGCAUUCGGCCAGGUUCUUACCAGCAAGAUAGUCUUUCAGUGACCUCUUGUAAUCUACCAGCAUGGGCUCAACACAGGAAAGCCCUGAUAUAUGCACCGAGUGGUAUCCUAUCAGACAGUUCCUAUCUUACCCGGGAUAUGACUUCGCUCUGAUCAUUCUAAAUCAGCCCAUCAUCGACGAGGGCUUGUUUAGAGACCUCUGGAGAAUAGCUCAAACACGCGUCGCUGCCGAUGGGGGUGCCAACCAGAUAUACGAUCUCAACCGAAGAUCCUUAUUAACAGAGAAAGAUUCCCCAUCUUCUGCCAGUGGUAACUAUGUAAAUCUGAAUACCAUAAUUGGCGACCUAGAUUCUUUAUCCGACGAGUCAAGACGUUUUUUUACUACUAAGCCCGCGGAAUGUACUAUCAUUCGGGACCCCGAUCAGUAUUCUACCGACUUCGCCAAAGCCGUCAAGUUCGUUCGCAUGGCGUUUCCACAGAGAGAUAUCGUAUGUAUGGGCGGACUAGGAGGACGCGUUGAUCAAGGGUUGAGCCAACUACACCAUCUAUACUUAUUCCAAACCUCGCCGACCUACGCGGAUGGGAAGAUGUUUUUCCUUUCCGGCGAGAGCUUAUCUUUUCUUCUCAAAGCUGGAAAGCAUCGUAUACACGUCCGUGAGCCUGAUGCCAUCGUUGGCGAUUUCGUUCGCAUGAAUGGCGAGCCGUUCGCCAAGUACGUCGGCAUCAUCCCGGUUAAAGAGCCGAGCGUAAUCACGACCAAGGGCCUCGAGUGGGAUGUCGAGAACUGGCCAACCGAGUUUGGUGGCCAGAUGAGUACAAGCAAUCAUCUUUUACCCGAGACAAAAGUUGUCGAAGUCGAGACUACGAAGGAUGUACUUUUCACCGUCGCAUUAAAAUCGGCAGAGAGUGGAAAUUUAUCAACAGGCCCGCAUUGCGUACUCGUAGGCCGUUCACGAUUGAACGAAGUCUCGGAUAGCAGUAAGGCAGGAUAGAUUAUCGCCAUAUUCACGGCAUCUCUUCCAGUCUCGGGAUGUACCUCUUUUUAUUAGAAGUUCUGCCUCUUUCGUUAGAACAAGAGACAGAGACAAGUAGAAGACAGGUUUGCCUAGCCACCGAAGGCAUAGAACC